AGACCUGCUGGAAGAGCCCGGAGACGCUGCCGCAGGCAGAGAGAGAGAGAGAGAGAGAGAGAGAGAGAGCGAGAGAGAGAGAGAGAGAGCGAGAGAGAGAGAGAGAGAGAGGCGGCCGUGAUGACUUCCAGUAAGACCGAGAUGCCCGGAGAAGUGAAGAGUGACCCUGCAGCCCUCAUGGCAUCCCUCCAGCUGACGCCCUCACCGGUGCCCAACCCGGAGAUCAAGUUCACCAAGAUUUUCAUCAACAAUGAGUGGCAGGACUCCAUUAGUGGGAAGGUCUUUCCUACCUACAACCCAGCUACUGGAGAGCAGAUCAGUGAGGUCCAAGAAGCAGACAAGGCUGAUGUUGACAAAGCGGUACAGGCGGCUCGUCAGGCCUUUUCUUUGGGCUCCGUUUGGCGAAAGAUGGAUGCAUCUGGCAGGGGCCGACUGCUGUUCAAACUGGCUGACCUGGUGGAGAGAGACAGUGUCUAUCUUGCUACUAUCGAGUCACUGAACAGCGGGAAGCCGUUCCUGCCCACCCUUUUUGUGGACAUCCAAGGAACUAUCAAGACGCUGAGAUACUUUGCUGGAUAUGCAGACAAGCUCCACGGCACAACCAUACCAAUAGAUGGAGACUAUCUGACAUUCACCAGAUAUGAGCCCAUUGGAGUGUGUGGACAAAUUAUCCCGUGGAACUUCCCUCUGCUGAUGGCAGCGUGGAAGCUGGGUCCAGCGCUCGCAUGUGGAAACACUAUCGUCAUGAAGCCUGCUGAGCAGACGCCCCUCACCUGCCUCUACAUAGCAGCUCUCAUCAAGGAGGCCGGGUUUCCACCGGGAGUCAUCAAUAUUUUGCCAGGAUACGGGCCAACAGCAGGAGCUGCAAUUGCUUCGCACAUGGGCAUAGACAAAGUGGCUUUCACGGGAUCGACACAAAUCGGCAAGCUGAUCCAAGAGGCAGCUGGGAAGAGUAACUUAAAGAGAGUGACGCUGGAGCUGGGAGGAAAAAGUCCCAACAUCGUAUUUGCGGACGCCGAUUUGGAUCUCGCUGUAGAACAGGCCCAUCAGGGCGUGUUUUUCAACGCAGGCCAGAUGUGCACAGCAGGCUCUCGCAUCUUCGUGGAGGAGCCCAUUUAUGACGAGUUCGUCAGGAGGAGUGUGGAGAGAGCCAAGAGGAGGAUAGUUGGAAGCCCCUUCGACCCCACGACUGAGCAGGGUCCUCAGAUAAGCCAAGUGCAGCAGGAUCGUGUCCUGGAGUUAAUCCAGAGCGGCAUCAGCGAAGGGGCAACACUGGAGUGUGGAGGCAAAGCUUUUGGCCAGAAGGGGUUCUUCGUCGAGCCCACAAUUUUUUCCAACGUGAGAGACGACAUGCGCAUCGCCAGAGAAGAGAUUUUUGGACCUGUGCAGCAGAUCAUGAAGUUUAAAACCAUUGAGGAGGUGAUUGAAAGAGCCAACAACACAGACUAUGGUUUGGCUUCUGCUGUGUUCACCAAGGACAUCAACAAAGCCAUCACCGUCUCCACGGCCAUGCAGGCUGGCACUGUCUGGAUAAACUGCUACAACGCAAUGAGCUCACAGUGUCCAUUUGGAGGAUAUAAAAUGUCUGGCAACGGCCGUGAAUUGGGACAAAACGGACUGAAGGAGUAUGCCGAGGUGAAGACCAUCACCAUGAAGAUGGUCGCCAAGAACUGUUAAGACAGCCGCCUGCUUCUGGGAGGAAGACUGUCUCCUCUCUCGUCAGUCCGUCCAUGAUGGUGAACCACACCAACCGUCAAACCCAGUUAUCUCCAUGGUAACUCCAGGCUGCGUCCGGCCGCUGCCCCCCCGUCCCCCCCGUCAGCCCAGACAGUCAGCUCAGUCUCUGUCCAGCCAUCCUCCGCUUCGCCUUCAACAUGUGGACUCUUCCUCUACUGACAACCACUCAACUCCCCCCAGACUGCAUACCUCCUCCACUAACUACACUAAAGCACUCAUCGAGACGAUGGGGGAGGCUGCUCCGACUGCAAAACCCACCCGUGACCAUGCCAGCCGCUACACCCGGAUCCUCACCACAACAUCCCCCCCCCUACCCCCCCGAAUGCUGGAAGCUCAGAGACUCAGUCGCCGCACUUGUAAUCAACUCUUUACUAGCAAUUUGUCAUGUGUUGGGAGGCAGUUUUGAUUUUUCUGUUAACUUCAUACUGUGCGAUGUUAUCCUCAAAACCUCAUGUUGCCGUCUUGGUAGAAUUUAUGCGAGCAUUCCAGCUCAUUCAAGACCACUGAAGAUGUCCGUCUCAGACAGGAAUGGAUGAAAUGUUAAUUCAGAAUUAAAUUCAAUUUUUAAUUUUCCUUGUUCAUAUUCUAGCUCAUAUGAAUUAACACUGUACGUCAACCUUUGACUGAUGUAAACGUGAAAGAUUUUAACCUCUUUAAAGCAUUUUACUCUCACCUGCUAAAAGAGGAGUAGAUGUAUUUUAAACUUUAUGUAACUGAUUUUCAUUGAUGUCCAUCUAUGUUUAUGUUUAUACAAUCAUAUGCUAUAAAAUUAUAAAAUGAC